GUACCCUUAUUCGCUGCUCUCUCUAUCUUCUCAAUUCGAUAUUCUUUCUCUAAAUUGCAAAACCCUAACCCUAAUAAUUCGUUUUCAAUCGAAUAAUAAAAAAGUUAAUUACUUUUUAAUUAUUUUUUUUCUCCUAAUUACUGAUGCCCUGAACUCCAAUGCGAGGUAGGCAUCGAUCUGGUGCGUGGAGCUUAGAGUUAUCAAUCUGGAGCGUAGGUGAUGGAUGUGUUGAAGGAGAAUCUGGCAGAGCUAGAGAUUGGGAGCACCGUGGAGUCUAUUCAGAAGUUCAUAGAAAUUCAGAGGGAGCUCUUCCACAGCCAGAUCGACCAGCUUCAGAACGUUGUUGUUACACAAUGCAAACUCACCGGUGUCAAUCCUCUCGCCCAAGAAAUGGCAGCUGGUGCUUUGUCCAUAAAAAUUGGGAAACGACCAAGAGAUUUGCUAAACCCUAAGGCUGUAAAGUAUAUGCAAGCUGUUUUUUCCAUUAAAGAUGCGAUUACUAAGAAAGAAUCCCGUGAGAUUAGUGCUCAAUUUGGUGUUACUGUCACACAGGUGCGUGAUUUUUUUAAUAGCCAACGCACUAGGGUGAGAAAGCAGGUUCGGUUGUCAAGGGAGAAAGCGUUAAGAUCUAAUGCUUGUAAAGAAGCAGAAGAUGGGGUGCUUCCAACUGGGUCUGAAGCUGUUAUACCAGUUGAGCCAGUUCCCUUAAACUCUGUUGGCCCUGUCAGUUCUGAAGAAGCACCAUCAUGCUCGACACAGGACGAUUCUCUUACUGGCAUAGACGAAUUGGAUAAGCAUUUUGUUGAAAACAUAUUCAGUAAGAUGCAUAAAGAAGAAACAUUUUCCGGGCAGGUGAAACUGAUGGAGUGGAUCUUGCAGAUACAAAAUCCUUCAGUACUAUAUUGGUUUUUAAAUAAAGGUGGUGUGAUGAUUUUAGCAACCUGGUUGAGUCAAGCAGCUGUUGAAGAACAAACUACUGUAGUCUUGAUCAUCCUCAAGGUUCUCUCUCAUUUACCUCUACAAAAAGCACUUCCUGAACAUAUGUCCGCCAUACUGCAAAGUGUUAACAAGUUGUGUUUGUACAGGUUUUCAGACAUAUCAAACAGGGCAAGGCUUUUGAUAUCACGGUGGAGCAAAAUGUUUGCUAGAAGCCAAGCUGCGAAGAAACCGAAUGGUUUGAGGUCCUCUACUGAAACACAGAAUGAGAUGUUGCUGAAACAGAGUAUCAGUGAAAUUAUGGGUCAUGGCUCGUGGCAGUCAAAUGUUUACAAUUCUGAAGGAACUCUUGCAACCUCUAAUGUCAGUUCAUUCAGGAAGGAGUCUCCACAAGUUUUGAAACUGCUACCAGCUUCCAUGGAUGACUCCGCUAAGAAGAACCUCCUUGGUGUUUCCAGUUCUCACAGCAGGGAACGUAGGAGGGUUCAGUUAGUGGAACAGCCAGGGCAAAAAGUGGCUGGCAAAAACUCCCAAACGACAAGACCAGUACCAAUUAGUCAAAGUCGCCCUAUGUCUGCUGAUGAUAUCCAAAAAGCAAAAAUGCGUGCUCUAUAUAUGCAGAGUAAACAUGGGAAAACUGGUUCCUCCUCUAAUGGGAUGAAUGAAGUGAAGAGUGAAGGUCUGAACAAAUCUUCACCUUCUAAGGCGAGCUUUUCUCGGCCAGUUUCUAAAGUUUCCUCCCACCCAGCUGAAGAACAAAAGAAACCUGUAGUACUUCCCCCCAAAACUUCUAGCAGGGUGGAAACAUCUCUUGAUCCGAAACAGCCUGUGGCUUCGAAGGAGUCUCCAUGGGAGAAAUGCCAGAAGGUCAAAAUCCCAUGGCACAUACCACCAGAAGUAAAAAUCAACGACCUUUGGAGCGUUGGUGCUGGUGAGAGUAGCAAAGAGGUUCAUGUGCAGAAAAACAGAAACCGUAGAGAGAGGGAAACUUUCUAUUACACGAACCAGGAGAUUCCCUCUAACCCCAAGGAACCAUGGGAUCGAGAAAUGGACCAUGAUGAUUCAUUGACCCCAGAAAUCCCAACUGAACAGCCACCUGAUAAUGAGACUGAAACACAGGUUACCCACGGUGAACAUGUUAAUGGUGCAGCUACUUUGGAACCUUCUACCUCCCAAACUGGUGGUGCCGUUUCAGCUGAGCCAGAUCUUGAGUUGUUAGCUGUACUGCUAAAAAACCCAGCUCUGGUUUUUGCCUUGACUUCUGGCCAAGCUGGUAACUUAACAAGUGAAGAAACAGUGAAGCUGCUAGACAUGAUUAAGGCUGGUGGGGCUGAUACUGGUAAUAAUGUGGAAGAGAAAGUUGAAGUCUCUCUUCCAUCCCCAACACCAUCGACCAAUCCUGGAACGAGUGGAUGGAGACCGGAGGCAGUCAGGAACCCUUUUUCACAGCAUAGUCAAAUGGGAAACAGAGUUGCUCAAGCUUCUGUUGGAGUUGUCACCCCAAUUCCCGUUGCUGAACGGCUUUCUGCCACUGGCAUGGCGGCACCACAACAAGAAGCAAAUGGCCUUUCAUUAGCUCAACAGCUUGCAGCAGCCAUGGCAGAGUUAUUGCCUCAAUCAAAUGCCACGACCCUUGAUAAGCGACAUUCUCCUAAUGUUGCAUUUUCAAACCAUGGUCACCCUUCUAAUUUGCCGGCUUCCGAUAUAGCCUUAACCAUGAAAAAUCCAUCCCUUGUGAACUCUUUAACAAACUCAUCAGCUGCAGCUGGUCCUUCGAUGUGGGUUGAAACCAUGAAUGUGAAAACCGCAGCGAUCUCCAUGGCACCGCAUAUACCUGAAAAGGUGCACACUUCAUUUUCUCCGUCUCCAUUGAUGCCAACAUUGACACAGCGACAAACACCAGCGCAGCUACAACCACAAGUACCCCAUGCAUCUGAUCCAUAUUCAACUAGACCCCCAGUGGGAAACUUAGGUCCAAUGCCUGAUCCUUGGAGAGGCAGGCAGAGUUUGGGUUCUAAUCUUCAUUCACAGGCUAAUCAAAACAAUUAUAAUGCAUCAUCGUUUGGUGGAUCUAUGCAUCCCCAGUUGCGAACAGACCCUCCACGGGAGGGAAAAGAGUAUGCGGGUAAUGAAGGUUUUGAGUCAUGGAGUCCUGAUAAUAGUCCAAACAGGUCAUCAGAGUAUGUUGCAGGAAGGAACUACAUGGAACCCAGAAUGAAUUCUGGGUGGAACUAUAGAGCUGAUAGGCCAUCAUGGCAAGGAAAUUCAUCUGGGUAUAGAGACCCGAACAGACAGGGAAAUAGAUGGCGUGACAGAAGAUGACGACGAGGCAGGCUAGCUGCCAAUGUCGGCCUUCGGGUUCAGAAACCCAGGCUUUUCGUCCACAGUGGGUGUGUUCUAUAAUGAUAAAAAAUAUUUGGUGGGUGUAUGUGGAAACUGGAAACCCAAUGGGACAAGCGGGACGUCAUUGUAUGCUGGACACUACAAAUGCAAUUGCAGCUUUCUGGAUGUUCAAUUUGAUAAGCAACACGAAAAGAAACAAAAAAGAAAAGAAAAAAAAUUGCCAGUUUAUUUCAGGGACUAAUAGUUUAAUUUAACCGUGGCUUAGACUGGGCCAUUUUUGUC